AUGUCGUUUUUCCGUUCCUUAGCCAAUUCCAAAGAAAUCCCCGAACGACUUACCACUAUAUUACUUAGCGGUUUAUGUCGAGUAGCUCCUUUUAUUUCUGAGGAGGCAUUUACAUCUAUGUUAAGUGAAGUUGAUGAUCUGUUUCGGCUUGUUCAUACCACUGGCUUCACUGUGUCUGUCCAAGCUUUGUCUGUACUUUUUCAAAUUUCAACUCAUUGUGUCGCCAUACGUGAUCGUUAUUAUCAGGCUUUAUAUAGAAAAUUACUGGAUCCUGCUAUUCAUCAAAGUUCUAAAAAUCCAAUUCUACUACGUUUAAUCUAUCAAAGUAUGGUUGGUGAUGAUGAUACUGAUCGAAUUGUUGCAUUUAUUCACAGAAUCUUGCAAUUAUGUAUUUCGCAUACAGAUCCUGGUUUUAUUGUUGGUUGCUUGAUUUUAAUUAAUAAGGUCUCAUUAUCCAAACCAAAUAUUAUAAUGGUUUCUCAAAUAAAUAAAGAACAUUUACCAGUUAAUGAAGUGACGAGUUUGGCAAAAUUCGAACAGUCCGAUGAUGAUGAUGAGGAUGAGCAUUUCAGUGAUGCACAUUGUUCUGAUGAUGAUAAUCAUAAUGAUGAAAGUGUACAGAAUGGUGUAAUGACGAAUAAAACGACCGAAUCAGAAAAAUCUACAGUCAUAACUGAUAAGAGUAAUGUAUUAUUAACAUCAUCAUGGUAUCAUCGUUCUUUAAAAAAGCAACGGAACACCCGAAACAUAUUUAAUUAUGGUUAUAAUCCAACUGUACGAGAUCCAAAAUUUGCACAGGCUACUGGAUGUUUACUUUGGUCACUUAGUCUCCUGUCAAAACAUAUUCAUCCUACAAUUAAUUUAUUUGCCAAUUCAUUAUUAAAUAAUUUACCAAUACAAUACACUGGAGAUCCAUUUACGGAUUUUGGAUUAAUGCAUUUUCUGGAUCGAUUCGCAUAUAAGAAACCAAAGUUGAAUAAAUUAAAAGAAACAAAGUCAACUACUGAAGAACCUGUUCAGAAAACUGUGCCUGGAAAGUUAUUAAAACGAAAAGAAGGUGCUUUGUCAGGUCCACAAGCAAUGGCUGUUGAUAGUUCGGCAUUCCGACAACUCCCAAUAACCAGUGUUCCUGUUCAUGAACGAUUUUUCUAUAAUUAUUUCAAAUUUCUGGAGACCCAACCAGGUCGUAUUAAAAAAACUGAGAAGAAACCAAAAGAUAAUGAUGAAAAUGGAAGUGACAGUGAUUCAGUUGCUGAUUCUGAAUUCGAUGUUUACCUAGCAAAACAUGAAAAAGAUUUGUUUCCUCCGAAUGAAGAAUGGGAAAAUGAUGCUGAACCGGAAUUUAGUGAUCAAGACUUCAUGGAUAAUUCAGAAGAUGAAGAUGAUACAAAUGAAUAUGACUUUUCAGAAAUGGAUAAUAUCAAUUUGUCAGCUAAUUCAAAAUCUAAGAAAACGAAAAAACCAACUGAAUCAAAAUGCAAAUAUCACAAAUUUAAAGAUGACGAUGAAGGAGCGGUUAAUGAUGAUGAUGAUGAAAAUUCUGAAGACGAUAGUGAUGAUGAAGACGACGAUGAUGACUAUAUUCCUGAUAAACCAGGUCAAUUCAAUUUAAAUAAUUUAUUCGCAAGUGCUGAAGAAGUUGGUCAUUUAUAUGAUGUACAAGAAACUGCAAAAGAAAAACGACAACGAUUUUGGGAACAAAAACGUUUAUAUUCACAGAGUAGUAAUAGUAAUCAUAAACGACGCCAAUAUCGUGAAAAAGGAGUUACGAAAAAAAGGAGACUAGAAAAUCGUGAUCAUCAUCAAUUGUCUAGUCGAGGAAAAAUGAAACUUAAGAGUCAAAAUAACUCAAAACGACCACGUCGUCAUUCAUAA